UAACUUAUCUUUAGAAGGCACGAUAUUAUGUUUGUUCAUUCUACAUCCCAAGAACGAUGAAUAUACUCGCAAAUUAUCCUUCCAAAAAAGAUGGUUGUCACAUUUUCAAGUUCCAUUCCAACUUUCCAAGUCGGCAUGAGGACCUUCUUGAUCUUCUUCUCAAAUAAGAGACAUGUUAUUGGUUUUCCAAUUGGAUCAACAGCAUUACAAGUUGAGCAAUCAGUUCAGAGACUCUUACCUGAUCUUGCUGGCCAAUACAACAUUCCCUCUUCAGACACCAAAUAUCCAACAUUAAAACAAUGUGGUAAAGAUUCAAUGCUUAGCAGGGUGAACAAGCUUGGUAAAAGAGCAGACAGCUUUGCACAUGGAGUCCGAGAGCAUGUGAGAUUAGGAUCCAAGAUCUCAGAAACUGUAAAGGGAAAGUUGAGCUUAGGAGCUAGAAUUCUUCAAGUAGGUGGCUUGAGAAAAAUCUUCAAACAAUUGUUUAAUGUUGGAGAUGGUGAAAAAUUAUUGAAGGCUGUCCAUUGCUAUUUGUCAACCACAGCUGGACCCAUUGCAGGGCUGCUCUUCAUAUCCACAGAUAAGAUCGCCUUCUGCAGUGACAGAUCGAUCAAAGUCUCUUCCCCCUCAGGAGAGCUAAUUCGAUUCCAUUACAAGGUAGUGAUUCCAGUAGGAAAAAUAGAGAGAAUCAAUCAGAGUGAGAAUGUGAAAAAGCCUUCACAGAAGUACAUGGAAAUAGUUACAGUGGAUAAUUUCGACUUCUGGUUUAUGGGAUUCUUAAAUUAUCACAAAACUCUUCAAUAUCUUCAAGAAGUGAUCUCUCAAGAAUGCAAGAAGUGCUAGAUGGCUUGGAAGCUAUUGAAACAGAAAUGUUCUUUGUUUCCCUCCUCUUUCUUUAUCAUUUGAAAUGGGAGGAAAAAUUCACAUUACAAUUUACUCAAUUGUACAAAUUCUCUUGUGAAUGCAAGUUGUUAUAUUUUUCAGUUCUUCA